UUUAAUAUUUUUGAUGAUAGUUACUUUAUCAAGGGUUUUAACAUUAUAUAACAUAGCUUCGAUAACUUAGCUUUUAUUAAAAGGCUAAGAGUGUCUGAAUUUGUAAACAUUCAUUGCCCAAAUCGAAGAGAUCCGCUUUACCAGCCGUCCUUAAGCGAAGACGGAAAUAACUAGCAGCGAAUGCUCUUGUUUUCUUGAGCUUGUUCGUCGCGAGCUCAGCAGUAUCGCCAGCCUUCUCUCACGAGGGGAGCCAGCCCAGUCUUGUCAGCGCGCGGUGGUGGUUGAAGAUGGCGCUAGCCGAAUGGAAAUCCUAAUGACAGUCUCCAAAUUUGCCUCUUUUUGUACCAUGGGCGCCAAUGCCUCGGCUCUGGAGAAAGAGAUUGGAUCUGAACAGUUUCCGGUCAAUGAGCACUACUUUGGCCUGGUCAAUUUUGGAAACACCUGCUACUGCAACUCGGUGCUGCAGGCUCUGUACUUCUGCCGACCGUUUCGGGAGAAGAUCUUGGCGUACCGCAGUCAGCCUCGACGGAAGGAGAACCUGCUCACCUGCCUGGCUGACCUGUUUCACAGUAUUGCCAACCAGAAGAGGAAAGUGGGCGUCAUCCCUCCCAAGAAGUUCAUCACACGGCUUCGCAAAGAGAAUGAGCUGUUCGAUAAUUACAUGCAGCAGGAUGCCCACGAGUUCCUGAACUACCUGCUCAACACCAUUGCAGAUCUGCUUCAGGAGGAGAGGAAGCAGGACAAGACCAAUGGUCGCCUUGCCAACGGCACGUUGGACUCUCAGAACAACAACAGCAAUGCCACGCCCGCUCCCACCUGGGUCCACGAGAUCUUCCAAGGUACCCUGACCAACGAGACACGCUGCCUCACCUGUGAAACGAUAAGCAGCAAAGACGAGGACUUUCUGGACCUUUCUGUGGAUGUAGAACAGAAUACCUCCAUCACACACUGCCUCAGAGGUUUCAGUAACACAGAGACGCUGUGCAGUGAGUACAAGUACUACUGUGAAGAAUGUAGAAGCAAGCAGGAGGCUCACAAGAGGAUGCGUGUUAAGAAGCUGCCGAUGAUCUUGGCUCUGCACCUGAAGCGCUUUAAGUACAUGGAGCAGCUGCAGCGCUACACCAAGCUGUCCUAUCGCGUCGUCUUCCCCCUGGAGCUCCGCCUCUUCAACACCUCCGGGGACGCCACCAAUCCUGAGAGGCUCUACGACUUGGUCGCCGUGGUGGUGCAUUGUGGGAGUGGUCCAAACAGGGGCCACUACAUUGCCAUUGUGAAAAGUCAUGACUUCUGGUUGCUGUUUGAUGAUGAUAUUGUGGAGAAAAUUGAUGCGCAGGCCAUAGAAGAAUUCUACGGUCUCACUUCUGAAAUCUCCAAGAACUCCGAGUCUGGCUACAUCCUCUUUUAUCAGUCCAGGGACUAAAUGUGGAGCCGAGCGUUUCGCCUCAGAAACACGGGGAAAUGCUCUGUUCCAUUUUUUUGUGGGGAGCAGCUGACCAUAAACGCACCUCAGCAGCCCUCGUGGUGUCACACCUGCCUGCUCAGCUGUAUUUCAUACUUGUGCUUUUACGCGCUCUGCGCUGCAGCUCAGCCGUGGAAGUUCUACCUGCUUACCAGCUGUAGCUCCUUGCCCCCCCAUGUCCUUCUUCCUCCCCUCAUCCCCUUUACUCUGACUGGACGCUGCUGCCGGGACAACGAGACGAUAAUGAAUGAAAACUGUGUCAAGAUUGUUUUUAAAAAGCCGUCGAAUGAGGGUUGUACAGAUAUUGGUUGGUCAUAUGAGUGGCGUAUUAGGUUUUUCCUUGGGUGUGGGGUUGAAUGGGUAUUUAAUAAUUCAUAUGAUGUAACAUCGGCCUGGUGUCUUCACCCCCCCACACUGUUAUUAUGCACUGGGAUUGAAGAGUGGAUCAUGCUUUUGAUCAUGGAUAUAAAGGAGGAUGGGUGGGGGGAGCACACUGGGUCGUGUAUUUCUACAGUGUACAGAAUGGUAUUUGUAUAAAUAUUAAAAGAAGAUAAUAUUAUUGGAAAUUGUUAGACCUUGAAAAGAUGUAUUAACACUAUGGUGCACUUUUGAUACCGUUUUGUAGGUGUUGGCGAGUUUAAUGUGAGGGUUUGCUUGAAAAGGCCUGUUGUAAAGCGAUAAUUUUCUGUUUUAAAGAAAAAGAAAUAAAGCCAGUAAGAUUGAA